UAUUCCGUCUGCAUGAAAUAAUUUAGUUUUUUAUGUGAAAUGUAUAAAAAUGUCUCAAAAAGACCGAGAUUUGUUACUAGGCCAUACAAAACAAAGUGUUGCAUUGCGAAAACAAAAUAACAAGAAAGAAAAUUCAAAAAUUGAGAGUGAAUGUGGAUUGAUUUACAAAAAGAGGGAUGGUAGUUUUUCUUUUUUAUGCACUUACAGAAAAUCAGAAAAUUCAAUAGCAACAAAAAAAAACUUUACAGAAUCCGAAAUGCUAUUUUGUGGUUAUAUAUCUUCAGAGAAACACUUUUACUCUUUUGUUUGUAAAAUAUGUUUUAAAGUUUUUGAGGAUUUUUCAAUGUUUUCACAUCAUUUCAAUGAACAUACAAGUGUUUUUGGGGGAAAUUUUGUAGGCAAAUUUUCAGAUAUUGCAUUGAAUAAUGAAGCUACAACUAAUGGCACAUCUUAUAACGAUUGCAAUGAUGAUACAACAGCAAGAGAUCAAGUUUCAGUAAUAAAAAUUUUUAAAGAACAUAAUGCAAACGCUGAAAUAUUUCCCAAUUUCGAAACUUGUGGCGACUUGCUCAAUAGUCCCAAAUGUAGCGACCUGCUUAAUGAAUAUGAGAAGCAUCAGGAAAAUCAUGUAAAAAAUGUUUUUGAUUGUGAUGUAUGUAAGAAACAGUCUAAAAAUGAAGCAAAUUUAUUGAGGCAUAAAUUACUUAAACCUUCGAAUAAUAAGUCUUUUCAAUGUCAAAUUUGUGAGAAAGUAUUCAAAAAAUCUUCAGAUUUUACAAGGCAUAAACGGACGCACACUGGUGAAAAACGUUAUGUGUGUGAUUUUUGUGGAAAAAAAUUUGGAACAAACUCCAAUUUAAUUGAACAUCGUAGAAUACACACCGGCGAAAAAAAAUAUAAAUGUGACAAAUGCGAAAAAGCUUUCACAACAAGUUCAAAUUUAUCAGAACAUAAAAGAACUCACAGCGACGCAAGACCGUAUUCAUGUGAGACAUGCGGUAAAACUUUCAUCUCAUCAAGUCACUUGUUAUCUCAUAAGAAAACUCAUUUAGUAUUAAGCAAUCACAAAUGUAUGAUUUGCAAUACCGUAUUUAAGCAAUCGUUUUCACUAAAGAGACAUUUAAAGAUACAUUCAGGGGAAAAACCGUAUAUGUGUAAUGUAUGUGAUAAACGAUUCAUAAGCCUUUACAACCUCAAAGAGCACCAAAGAACACACACAGGAGAAAAGUCUUAUACAUGCCUAUUUUGUGCAAAAAGUUUUACCCAUGGUUCAGCUUUAAGUAAUCAUAAAAAAAUUCAUUUAAAUGUAGAACUGAACAGCUUUAGUUAAGAUUACAUUUUACUUAAUUGAUUGCUAAAAUCAUUUUUCAUUAAGUAAAAUAUUUGUAAU